GCCAAAGACACUCACCAAGUUUAUUCAGAGAUGUCUUUGUCGAGUGUGCAAACCUACCGUUCAAUUGUCAGGGAAAUCAACAGAGCGACUCAUGCCGCAUGCCAGGCCAUUGCACCACGCCCGACCAGAAACCCGGCCAUCGCUUCCAACUUCCGGAGGCUGUUUGAACAUGGCAAGGGCGGCGAGCCCUUUGCGUAUGAUAUGCAAAAUGCGCUGACUUUCAUGCACUCCCAGCGCAUGCACAAGGCUCUCUUGGAUCGUUACAACCCUCUUCACGAUUUGACGACGGAAGAGCAGAUCAAGGCGACAGCGCGUCGUGUAGGUCUUGACAUGCCCAUAUCGGGCGGCAACAAAGACAACUAA